AUGGGAGAAGCUGAGAGUGAGAAGGAUUCCUCCUGGGGAAUCACCGUCCUUCAUGAACCGAAAGAUGCCAUAUUUGACGUUGUAGCCGUUCACGGGCUCAGUGGUCAUGCGUUUGACACCUGGACGCAUAAAAAGACUCGGGUUAUGUGGCUGAAAGACCUGCUGCCACAAACACUGCCGAAUGCCAGGAUAAUGACCUAUGGAUAUCGUGCCAAAUUUAAUGAUUUCACUGCCCACCAGGAUAUAAGAACGAUCGCAGAGAAUCUGCUCCAGCAGCUUUCUGGUCUAAGGCAGGAUAAGGCAUUAUCCCAGAGGUCGACAGAAAAGUGUGGAGAAGUUAAGGAUGCAACGUACGGCAUUAUAUUUCUGGCAACGCCGCAUAGUGGAAGUAGCAUUGCACGCAGUGGAGGUACAAUCAGUCGUCUUAUCCUAGGAAUGUUCUCAUUCUCUGCGGGUAGGGAUCUGGUGACUUAUCUCCAUGAAGGCUCCAAAGUGUUGUCUGAUAUUACGCUCGAUUUUAUGCAUGAAGUUUCCAAAUAUAAAAUUAUAUCAUGCUAUGAGACCAGACCUAUAAAGAUUAUGGGUAUUCCGAUACUUGCUGUGACAAAAGACUCCUCGCUCCUGAAAAUACCCGGUGAAGAGAUAUUCGGGAUGGACACUCACCACCGUAAUAUAUGUCGAUUUUAUGCUGCCGAUGACCCUUUCUAUCAAGCUAUCGUACCGUUCUUUAUUGGGUUCAGUAAAGGAAUUGACCGGUUGCUCACUCCAUCUGCCCCGGCUAUGAGCAAUCCGAUUAUUGAAACGGAAGCCCUUUUUGACGUGCCAUAUGCUCGAUGCCUUGAAUUUCAAGGAAGGGAAAAAUUACUAGCCGACAUAGAGCUAUAUUUUGGUGAAUCUGACCCAGAAAAGCAAAGGGUAUACGGGAUAUCAGGACUUGGAGGCGCUGGCAAGACUCAAACUGCUCUCCACUAUGCCUUCAAAAACAGGUUCAAGUACAAGUCUGGAGUUGUCUUAUUCAACGCAACUUCAAACACAACACUUAUAGCUGAUUUUCACCGAAUAUACGACCUUCUACACCUAGGAAAAGCUUCAAACAAGGUAGACUGCCUCAAAAAGUGGUUCUCAAAGCCAACAAGGCGUGACUGGCUGCUGAUAUUUGAUGGGUUUAAUGAUCUGAACACCGUUCCAAUCCGAGACUACUUCCCUAAUACCUCAUGGGGCCAUAUCAUAAUAACUAGCCGGGAUCAAUCCACCGUUGGCCUCGUCAGCCCCUGGGGAACAGCCAUCACUCCUCUGGAAGAGGAUGCUGCCAUCAAACUUCUGUUAGGGAAAGCUGCAAUUGUCAAUCCUACUGAUGAAGUCCUCAAAGAUGCUAGAGUUAUUGUAAGGCAUUUAGGUUGCCUUGCUUUAGCUGUUGACCAAGCAGGUGCUCUUAUUCGGAGGAGGCAGAAAUCUUUAAAAGAUUAUUAUCGUCUUCUGGAGAAUGAACAGACUGAGCUAUUAAAAAUCAAACCUGGCAUUUGUUUGCACGAGAAGACUGUUUCAACUGUCUGGGAACUCAACUUUCGACAGCUGGAGAAAGAUGCCCCCAAUGCCUCGCUUCUUCUCUUGCUCUUCUCGUUUCUUGAAGCAACUCAGAUCCCGGAGAUAAUGCUUCGACGAGCUUGCUCGAAUAUGCAGAUCUGGGCCAAUGAUGGAAAUGUCAAGGACCUAUCUCCGGACAAGGCAGGAAUUGACUCCGAAAUUAUCACGUUGGUAAAUAACGAGAUGCGUUUAGAUCAAGCUAUCGAACAGCUGCUGGCGUUUUCUUUAAUACAGGCGAAUAUAAGCGCCAGCGGCCGGACGUUUUCAAUCCACCCUCUCGUCCAGGCUUGUGCGUCUCAUCGUGUACCUCUCGAGGUACGGCAGAAAUGGCAGGUCCAGGCCAUUUUGUUUGUGACCCACGCUUUUCGAAAACAGAGGCUCUCCGGGGGAAUUGCUGACCUAGGGGAUAUUGGAAGCCAAAUGUUUCCCCAUAUUCCCCGUGUACUAAAGGAGUUUGAUACUCUGGAUAAGGCCUGCCCACAGUAUCCAAGGGCUAAACGGGCUCUUUGUUUACUACUACUCGAAGGAUCCAAAUUCAAUGGUAAUGUAUGGAGACGAGAGACGAUUGCCAGAGCCAAAGAGCUCAUCGAAGACUAUGGUGAUGCCAUUCUAGAAGCACGAGUUGCCCGGCGUGAAAGCACCAUACUACGCCUACAUGGGGAAAUGGCGGCCUCAUAUAGGGUUAUUGAGGACUGUCUUUACUAUGGUGCAUUUGCUAAAGGAUCGGACAUCGACGCAAAAGCAAAUGCUGAGAAGGGGAAACUUAUCAAUUCCUAUGCCGGUAAUUUGAUAAUGGAAAAUCAGCUUGUACGUGCAAAGAAGGAACUCGAAUCAUGGCAGCCGAAAAAUCCAAACCGCCCUUCAAGGAUGGAAUCAUCUGUCCUAAGCGAUCAUAAUGUAGCUCUUGGGAGAUUACUCAAAAACCAGGGGCUGUUUACUGAAGCCUUGCCAUACUUCGAGAGAAUAUUCCACGACAUCAGAAGCGAGAACUGCAGUGGAAAUCCGAUAUGGCAGAUGAAUGCUCUCGCCAACGUUACCGACUUAUAUCUUGAAGUAAGACGCCCUGAUGACGCAGAAGCAACGCUCAGAGAAACAGUCAAGGUAAUGUAUGCUCGCGGAUGGCAGAGAUAUUCUAUAACAAGGAGACUACGUCUCACUUUGGCUGAAAGCUUCAUCAUGCGUGCCAUGUUCCAGAGAGCUGAGGAGUGCCUCCUACGACUCAUUCCGAUGUUUGAGGGAAUCGAAGACCCAGAUACAAACCAAAAGACAGAACACUUUCGAACAUGGGCUGGACUCGCAAGGAUAUCUCAUCUCCAAGGCAACUGGGACGAGGCGAUCAAUCGCUGGAAAACUGCAAUAAAUAUAGUUGAAAGGAGCGGUUGGUCUAAGAAGUUCAACCAUGGUGUUUUACUGCAGUCUCUUGCCCAGGCGCAAUUCAGAGCAGAUAAAAUCCUAGAAAGUCAGGAGACGUUAAAAGUGGCAAAAGAGAGCCUUGCAGCUGAAGAAAGGAAAUAUUGGAUUGUUGGCCUGGGGUCCUACUGGCUCGACUAUAUUCUGGCCCCUUUGGGGGAAAUUGGGCAAAGCGAGGUUAUGGUCGAGUGUGAUUCUUAUAGCGAGGAGGAUGAAGAAAGACGUGAAAAGCUACUUUCUGAUUUAUUCGGAUGA